AUGGAGGAGAAGUGGAAGCUGUCGAAGAAAGAGACAACAUCAUCUUCUUCCUCUAAGUCAAAGUUCUCUAGAAGCUUCUCAACAAGUGUUUCAUCAGCUAAAUCUCCACUAUUCGCAAGGAGUUCCUCUACUAAAUGCUCUGUUCCUUCAUCCUCGUCUUCUUCAUCUUCCAUCUCUAGAAGCUUCUCAAGAAAAGAGAGAAAAUCGUCUUCCUCUCCAUCUUCUUCUAUCACUCAAAAAUACAGCAGCUUGGCUAAAGAACAAAAGGCAAGGUUUUACAUUAUGAGAAGUGCAAGUGCUUCUAUUCAGAUCGGGAUUAGUUAA